CUUGAUGUUCUUGGCAAGAACCCUUGAAAUUCUCUUCCCCUAUGUCUUUGUCGUCGAUUUCAGGGGAGCAGAGGCGGAAUCCGGGCUACUAAUAUGAAAAUCUAGAUCUGCAUUGCUUUAGGUGGUAGCUAGUGAUAUGGAAAUCAAGAAGAAGUCAAUCGGUUGAGGAGGGAAACCUAUGAGGGAGGCCACAAAUCUCGCUGGGGAUUAACGAGUUCGGUGCUGAGAUGGUCGGGAAAAUGGCGAAGGAGGAGGAAACUGAAGGAGCCACGAAGGUAAGGCGAAUCUCUCCGAUCAGUAACAAGGAGCGUCAUCGUUCACAACCUCCAACAGAGUAUCUUGCUGAUGUUGGUCGGCAGUUCCACCCAAAAGUUAUCUACUCCUCCUUCGACUCCAAAGCAAAAUCCCCAAUUGUUUUCACAACCAUAGGCUCCACUCCCACCGCCGCAGCUUCCCCAUCUGAUUCCCCAUCCAUCUCUUCUUCUACAAUCGCCUCUCAAUCAUCAUCACCCGCUGCGGUGGAGCUGCUCCAAUAGUGGAUCGAGCGAUGGAGAAUUUGAGUUUCCAGAUCUGUAGUUGAGACUUGAGAGAGAACCCCAAUGCCUCCAUCGGGCCUUUGACUCGGUCAAGCUAUGGAAGAACCCAGCAAUGCCUGGAUUUGUCCAGUGAUUUUUUGUAGAAGAACCCAUAAACCAGAAAAAUUGAC